ACUGAAAGCUUCUUAGCAACAAGAAAAAAAUCUAUUUGUCUGAUUUUACUAAAGACAGAGCAACUCUGAGUUAGCAGCAGAUUGGUUUUAAAUAGAAGACCUGUAGCAAGCAACUCAUUUUAUAGAGCACCUAACAAAUACAUUCCUCAGGUGUAGCAGUUAGACGGGAAUUAUCAGCAAAAUGCAAGUUGUUCGUCAGUGUUCAGCGUCUGCAAGUCGUGCUGCUGGAGGAUUUCUGAGAAAUCCGACAGACAUGUCGCUGCUGCCGAGCAGGAGAGGAGCCACCUGCAGCCGUGACCUCAGCAGCUCGGAGAGCGGCCCUUUGAGCAGCAGGAAGUGUGGAGUCCAGAAGUCAGGGGAAUGGACCAGCGCUGCACAUAUGAGCAUUGCAUCCUUAAGUGUUGCCCGUGGGCUUUUUACACAGCAAAUGGAAACACUCACUCACGACUCCCUGAUCAGAAGAGCAGUCUCAGUCGUUACAGACAGUUCCAGUACUUUCCUCUCUCAGACCACUUUGGCUCUCAUAGACGCCCUGACACACUAUUCUAAGGCUGUUCACACACGCAUUGCUGUCCAAAGACGGUAUUUGGCCUCAGUGGGAAAACUGACCUCAUCAGAGGAGGAUUCGCACAAGCAGGCGAUCAAUGCCAUGCGUGCUGAGGUUACCUACAGACUAGAAGAGUGCAAACGUUUUGAGUCAUCCUGGAUCAAUGCUGUCAACUUGUGCAAAAUGGCAGCUGAGGCAGCGAACACCUCAGGAGCCGAGCAGGCGUCCAUCACCGUGAGGACAAACAUUCAGGUGGCCCAGUCGCAGGUGGAGGAGGCGCGCAGAGUGUCAGCGGAUGCAGAGAAGAAGUUGGCCGAGACUAAAGUCGAAGAGAUCCAAAGGAUGGCUGAAUACGCUGCCUCCUUUGAUGAUGAGGAGCAUGAGGUGCACGAAGCUUAUCUAAGAGAGGACUGAGGGAAAUGGAGAUAUUGUAGAACAGGAAAAACAAUGAGAGCCUGUCAAACAGAUUCAGCUUCCAAAGCUUUAAACUAAGUGUAAUUUCCAUAAUGUGUGUCCGUCUCGAAUACGAGCCCGUACGAUGAUUACAUGUUAAGCAAAGAAAAUCAGAUUUUUCUAAAUGAAUAUUACAAUAAUUCUUUAUUAUUACAUUAAUCAUUAUUUAAGACUAUUUAUUUUGAUAGUGAAUAUGAGCUUUUGUCUGCUUGAUUGUCAAAUCUUCAGAAUGUCAUUGAAGCUUGUCCCACAUUGUUUAUUGUAUUGUUAUUGUAUGUUUUAGUUUAGUCUUUUUUAUAUAUAUAUAUAUGUAAAAUAUUGUUUGUAUCAUUGUCUCCUCACUGUUCACAUGAUAUUAAACAAUAAAAUAAAUCUAUUUAAUUUGA